CGGGUCAGAAGGCGGAGAGGGAAGAUGGCGGCGCCGGAGGAGAGGGAGCUGAGCCAAGAGCAGACUGAGAAGCUUCUGCAGUUUCAGGACUUGACUGGUAUUGAGUCAAUGGACCAAUGUCGCCGAACACUUCAGCAGCACAACUGGAAUAUUGAGGCCGCUGUGCAGGACCGGUUAAAUGAACAGGAAGGUGUCCCCAGUGUUUUCAAUACCCCUCCUAGCCGACCACUGCAAGUGAACACAGGGGACCAGCGAGUAUACAGUUAUGUGGUAUCACGACCACAACCAAGGGGACUUCUCGGAUGGGGUUACUAUCUGGUAAUGCUUCCAUUUCGCCUCACAUAUUACACACUACUUGAUAUAUUUAGGUUUGCCCUGCGUUUUAUCCGACCAGAUCCUCGAAGCAGAGUUACUGACCCUGUAGGAGAUAUUGUGUCUUUUAUACAACUUUUUGAAGAAAAAUAUGGCAGAAUACAUCCUGUGUUUUACCAGGGGACUUACAGUCAGGCGCUAAAUGAUGCUAAACAAGAACUGCGCUUCUUGUUGGUAUACUUACAUGGCGAAGAUCACCAGGACUCUGAUGAGUUUUGCAGAAAUACCCUCUGCACCCCUGAAGUCACUCAGUUUGUAAAUGGCAGAAUGCUAUUCUGGGCUUGUUCCACAAACAAACCAGAAGGAUUUAGGGUUUCCCAGGCUCUACGGGAAAACACUUAUCCUUUCCUUGCGAUAAUCAUGCUGAAGGAUCGUAGAAUGACUGUAGUGGGUAGGCUAGAGGGUCUUAUCCAGCCCCAGGACCUAAUUACCCAGCUGACCUUUAUAAUGGAAGCUAACCAGACCUACCUAGUAUCAGAGAGACUGGAACGAGAGGAGCGAAACCAAACACAAGUGCUGAGGCAGCAGCAGGAUGAAGCAUAUCUGGCAUCAUUGCGUGCUGACCAAGAGAAGGAACGCAAGAAGAAAGAGAAACAGGAGCAGCAAAGAAGAGAGGAGGAGGAGGCUCAGCUCAAGCAGCUAGCAGAGGAGAGGAAGAAACUUAAUUUGCAGGAGGAGAAAGAGCGCAAGUCUGAAUGUCUACCUGCAGAGCCAACCCCAGACCAUCCUGAUAGUGUGAAAAUUGUAUUUAAGAUGCCAAAUGAUACUAGAGUAGAGCGUUGGUUCCUGUUCACGCAAUCACUAACAGUUAUUCACGAUUUCCUCUUCUCGCUGAAAGAGACUCCAGAGAAGUUCCAGAUAGUGGCAAAUUUCCCUCGUCGAGUGUUGCCGUGCCUUCCAAAUGAAGAAGUUCCCAUGCCCCCCACUCUUCAGGAGGCUGGACUUAGUCGCUCACAGCUGCUCUUUGUACAGGAUCUUACGGAUGAGUGACAAAAUGCAUAUAUUAUAUAUAUAUUUUUCCCGAAAACUGGGCAGGAAAAAAAAAUUGUGAAAAAUACAGUUAGAGAGUGAGAUGAGAUCUAUUCUCGUGACAUUUUUUUUUAAUAUAAAAGACUGCUGCUACUGACUUUGGAUCCAGACAAGAAGGGGGAGGCGGUGUGUAGCAGUUUUUGUUUUCUUCCCUCAUUGGAAGGGAACAAAGGCCAAGUGACACUUAUAGGAUCCAAGUGUGCAGGGAAGGGUCACAAGGUCUCAUUGGUAUUCUCAAAAUGGGAAUAAUCAUCGGCUGGAGGGGACUGCAUUGCCUUGCCUUGCAUUUCCCUCCAUUUCUGGCAACGGAAGAACCAUUUCUCCGGAGUUUAACACCCCCCUGCCCACACUUCUGACAGUCGUUUGAGUGGGGGGAAGCUGUCAUAAGUGUGCAAUUUUUUUGAUUGUUUAAGGAACAAGAGGAACAUUCCUUCCUCACUCUAUAUAUAAAAAGCAAUUAUUUUUUAUUAUUUACUUCAUUAUUUUUAUUGCUUUCUUAAAGACCAAAGGAGAGAGAUUGGCAGCUGUUCUUGCUCUGACAUAAAUGGCGCUUCAAUGGAUCCUGUUCGUAGAGAGGUGUGCACAUGUUGGAUCUUACCUGGGGGUGGUGUGAAUAACAAGCCCCCUUGUUAGUGUAAUAAAGGCAAUAUGUAGUGACUGGUCUCCCUGCUUAGAUGCCUUCUCUCAUCACUAGUAUUAUAUGUCCCGGCUGGACCAUAUUCCAGAUAUAAUUUAUUCCAAAUAUAAAUUAAAGAUUUUAGAAUUUUUUUUGCUGUGUGUUUAAAAUGUAUAUGUUAAAUGCCUUUGAAUGUAGGGAUGACCAUAACUUACUGUGAGCAAAGAUUUUCUGAGCAUGUUGCAAUUGACACCCUCAAAUAUUUUUAAUCAUGCAAAAAAUUAGAGCAUUAUCAGUUUUUUUUUUUUUUUGGUAAUAUGACCCAUAGUCCCUACUUGAAACAUCAUUUUAAAGUCUUGACUCUUCUGAGGAAACUUUAUUUUUAAAACAAAUUAUGAUGUUACAAAUAAAAGAUACUAAAAUACUGUUGAAAUUGAA